CGUGAGGAGACCAUGGCGGGAGGAAUGAAAGUGGCGGUCUUAUCUGCAGUUGGUGCCGGGCCCUGGAGCUGGGGGGCCGGGGGCGGUGGUGCAGUGCGACUGCUCCUGGUCCUCUCCGGCUGCUUGGUCUGCGGCUCAGCCGGAAUUGAUUUAAACGUGGUCAUGCUUCAGGAAUCCAAAGUUUAUUAUAUGAAUACCAGUCAACAAUCCUGUUAUAAAAAUGUGCUUAUCCCGAAGUGGCAUGAUAUAUGGACACAGAUACAGAUUCGGGUAAAUAGUUCCAAACUGGUCCGAGUCACCCAGGUGGAGAAUGAGGAGAAACUGAAGGAGCUAGAGCAGUUUAGUAUCUGGAACUUUUUUUCCUCCUUUUUAAAAGAGAAAUUGAAUGACACCUAUGUUAACGUGGGUCUAUACAGCACAAAAACCUGCCUCAAAGUUGAGAUUAUAGAGGAAGACACCAAGUACAGUGUCACUGUGACCCGGAGAUUUGACCCCAAACUCUUCCUCAUUUUUCUCCUUGGACUUAUUCUAUUUUUUUGUGGUGACUUGCUGAGCAGAAGUCAAAUCUUCUACUAUUCCACUGGGAUGAGUGUGGGAAUUGUGACCUCUUUACUAAUCAUCAUUUUUAUGCUGUCCAAGUUUAUGCCCAAGAAAAGUCCCAUUUACAUCAUCCUGGUAGGAGGCUGGUCCUUUUCUCUGUACCUCAUUCAGCUAGUUUUUAAAAAUUUACAAGAGAUCUGGAGAUGUUACUGGCAGUAUCUUUUAAGCUAUGUCCUUGCAGUUGGAUUCAUGAGUUUUGCAGUCUGUUACAAGUAUGGGCCCUUGGAGAAUGAACGAAGUAUCAACCUGCUGACUUGGACCUUGCAGCUGAUGGGCUUAUGUUUCAUGUAUUCCAGUAUCCAGAUACCACACAUUGCCCUUGCCAUUAUCAUCACUGCACUGUGUACUAAGAGCGUGGAGUACCCUAUUCACUGGCUGUACAUCACCUACAGAAAGAUGUGUAAUGCAACAGAAAAGACUGUCCCCCCUCGUCUUCUGACAGAAGAAGAAUAUCGGAUACAAGGAGAGGUAGAGACCCGAAAGGCUUUAGAGAAGCUUAGAGAAUACUGCAACAGUCCAGACUGCCCGGCUUGGAAGACUGUUUCUCGAAUCCAGUCUCCAAAAAGAUUUGCUGACUUUGUGGAAGGAUCUUUCCACCUCACACCCAAUGAGGUUUCUGUCCAUGAGCAGGAAUAUGGGUUAGAGAGCAUUAUUGCCCAGGAUGAACUCUAUGAAGAAACAUCCUCUGAAGAGGAGGACUUAGAUUCUCGGUACCCCCCCAUCACACAACAGAACAGCUUCUUGACUUAGGUGGUCGUCAGUUAUUUUUAUGUGGAUUGGCUUGGUACCUCAAUGGUCCAGGUUGCAUGUGUUGCACAAUUGCUUCUCAAAUCUUGGAAGUUGAGUGAGAUAGUGCUGAAAUUCUCCCGCUGAAAUUAGAGGCCUGAGUAGACCUCCCUCUGGAAAUGGUCUUGGUGGUCUCUGGGGUCCCGAGGAAGCAGAGUGGAUAAAGUAGUGACUGCUUCCCAACACGUCCCAUUGGUUAAGUUCUUGGCCCACCUUUAUAUUUCCGAAGAAACUGGAUUGCCACAGCUAGCAUGGCAUUCCAGCUCCUCUUUGAAAGUUGAUUCAGUUGUGGCAUUUCAAACUCAGAAGUGAUAACUGUUAUAUGUGAAGUAAUGCUUUCAGACUAUAGGCUGCAUC